CAUUUGAUAACCCUACAACAUAUCCGCGACGGCUCCUCCGAUACUUAGCUUUGCUCGUCUCACAAUAUUCGGUACUUAUACGCAACAGCAUGGCACAGAAUACGCCAGACGAGACUCUUUCCCUUCUUACUCGCCUGAGCCAGAAGCCAGGAGUGCAGAGCACGCUGGUCUUGUCCCGCGAAACUGGAGCCAUCGUGCGAACGUCCGGCUUGAUCUCGAAUUCCACGUCCGCAAACCCAAAUAGCACCCUUCCCGCAUCGAGCGGAGCUGCGCCAGAGAACUACACCAAUGGCAAGAAGGAGGGCGGCAUCCAGAGCGCUGAGGACGUAGCGAGCAUGGUAUGGUCAUUCAUAAGUGCUGCAAGCAGUCUGGUGGAGGGUCUAGACAAGGAAGAUGAGGUCAAGCUGCUGCGCCUCAGGACGAAGAAGAAUGAGUUGGUUAUAGUACCAGAUCCCAAGUUCAUUCUUGUGGUAAUACAUGAUACCCCGCCGGCAUGAAGAUCCACGCAAGCUUCCCUUCAGCGUUCGAAUGACACUCCUCCUACUCAGACCCAGCAAUUUCAGUGCAUUUACCAGUGCGUCUCACUGAUCUCGACCGUGUUCACAUCGACGCCCUCCUUAAACCAACGAUC